AUGCUUUCCUCCCCCAGCAAUCCAAAGGUCCAGGUGAAGGCCAUUGAAGGUGGAGCCCUGCAGAAGCUACUGGUCAUCCUGGCCACGGAGCAGCCUCUCACUGUGAAGAAGAAGGUACUGUUUGCACUGUGCUCCCUGCUGCGCCAUUUUCCUUAUGCCCAGCAGCAAUUCCUGAAGCUGGGAGGGCUGCAGGUCCUGAGGACCCUGGUGCAGGAGAAGGACACAGAGGUGCUGGCUGUGCGCGUGGUCACCCUCCUCUAUGACCUGGUCACUGAGAAGAUGUUUGCCGAGGAGGAAGCCGAGCUGACCCAGGGUACAUCACCAGAGAAGCUGCAGCAGUAUCGCCAGGUGCACCUUCUGCCAGGCCUUCGGGAACAGGGCUGGUGCGAGAUCACCACCCACCUCCUGGCACUGCCUGAGCAUGAUGCCCGUGAAAAGGUGCUACAGACGCUGGGCGCUCUCCUGGCCACCUGCCGGGACCAGUAUCGUCAGGACCCCCAGCUCAGCAGGAUGCUGGCCGGCCUGCAGGCUGAGUACCAAGCACUGGCCACCCUGGAGCUCCAAGAUGGCGAGCAUGAGGGCUACUUCCAGGAACUGCUGGGCUCUAUCACCAGACUGCUGAAGGAGCUGAGAUGAGGCUGUUUCCCUAACACCGCAACUGGACUGUGAUGCUGCUAGUGAGGCUGAGGGGCGCCAGCUUAGGUGGCUCUUCAGGGGACAUCAGGCGGGAGGAAAGACUUCCCUGCUGGGGCAUGGACAUCAUCUGGGCCGUGCUAGGUUAGCCAUUAAAGAGAGACAUGAAGUCC